AUGGCCAAUUUUAUAUGUGCUGGUUGCCCUAACACUUUGGAUGACACUUUAGCCUUGCAAUGCCACAAUUGUAAAGACAAAUAUCAUGUUAUAUGUACACGAAUUUCAAAACCGGACUAUUCUAUGAUGAGUUCUAACAUGAAAAGUCUUUGGAUUUGUGACGUUUGCAAAUGUAAGCAACCAAGGAAAGGCGAUCAUGCUAAUACUCCAGUACGCAGCUCACCGGUAGAAAUGGACUUCGUCACUCAGCGCGUUAAAAGCCGUCCCACUUGCUCAUGUUUAUCAGCUGAUAGUAUACGCGAAAUAUUAAGAGAGGAGUUAAGCAACAUUUUAACUAACGACCUGUACCCUAAAAUACAAAAAAUACAAAAUACACUUGUUUCACUAGAAUUAUCUUUAACAUCACUCAAUACUAAGUUAGAAAAGUUCAAACUGACCACGCUACUCACUCAACACAAGUACAAGAAA